AUUCCACAUCAGUUGAGUCUAAAGGUAUACUAGACUCUGAUUCUUCCUCAGACAUCAGCCCAUAAGUGAUCUCUUUUUCCUUUUCCCCCAUGGGCAUCCCUAGUGAAGCCACAACAACAGGGUGGGAACCUAACACUAGGAGACAUCCUCAAACUAAUCUAGGCAACUCCUUUCACAAAAGGAUCUCUCCCUCAGGGUAAGGCAUCAGCCCAACAUUUACUGUCUUCAUCUGACUCAGUGUCUGUUAGCAAAGUUCCCAUUUCCAUGACAACACAUACAGUUGAUUCUGACAUUACAAAGAAGGCCCCUAUAAAAGGAAUCAACUCAACUCAUUUGAGCUACCUUACACUAAGGUCCCCUUUACCUUUACCUGAUCCUUAACCUUUACCUUAUCCUUUACCUUUACCUGAUCCUUAACCUUUACCUUAUCCUUUACCUUUACCUUUACCUCAUCCUUUACCUCUUUUCACCACUUCUACUACACCAUGGGUUCGCGGUGUAGUACUUUGCUGACAAAAAGAAAAGUGACAGAAUUCAACAGAAGGCUGCCUUCUGGAACAAAAAAUGUUGACACCUCUUUGUCUUAUGGUAGUACCAUUGCCCCAUCAGAUGACUACUUGGUGUUCACGACUGCCUACAACACUUCAGGCUAUAAACACCAAAUGAGCUUCCCUUGCUUCAGAAACAAAUCAUGGAGCUCUUGCUACAAGACCUUCACACUCAGCUUCACUAUUACCAACAUGUUUUACACAACAAAGAUGAGUCAAAAGGAUUCCAGAACAUUCAAGACUGCUGAGCAUAUCCUGCAAGUCCUGCUCAAGGUAUUGUUUCGAAGGAGCAGGCUUGGAUCUCAGUAUUAUGGAUGCAGUGGGAUCUCACUGAGGUCUCUGAAGAACAACAUAGCAACUGCAGUGAAUGUACUUUGCAUUUUUAAGAAGGACUCCUCCAAGCCUGUAGUGAACAAAAAGAAGGUUUACUGGGAGCUGACUGAACAGCUCUACAGAAGAAAUCUAAAACACCUGGUUAUAGAGAAUGAUAGCCUCUUUGUGAAUGGGUAUCACUAUAAGCUGCCAGGAAUCAGAUCCACAAAGAUGCCUGUCACCCAUAUACCAGACCAUGGAGCAUCAGAAUACAUUGAAUCACUGACUAGUGGUCUCUUGAUUCGUGAAUCCACUCUAUGUGCUAUAGGGCUCAGUGCAGAAAGCAAGGGCAGGAUAAGGACCAGAGUUGGAAAAGUAAAGACGUCUACAACUUGUAGCCCUGCAGUAAGAACACACUCUGUUCUGGCAACAAUAACAACCCCAACCACUUCCUCUGGUACUUCUUGUUUGGAAAGAAUCACUGUGCCUGCUUCCUCUGCCUUGCCAGAGACAAUGGUAGCACCAGCUGCCUGGUCUGGAGUGAUCAGCCCAUCUAAAACUGUGUUCGUUGCUGAAAUAUCUACCCCACCUGUGGCUGGGACAGGAGGAGGGAACUCCAUAGGUGUUCCUUCAAACCCUGCUAUCCAUGACACCACAGCAUCAACCACAACCUUCCCCUUGACCAAUGUGCUCCCAGCAGGGUCUACAAGCACUUCAGCCACAAGUCUUUCCAGUGUCAGUAGAGAAGAUCCAAAGCCAAUGACCUCUCUGGACACAGUGAUUUCAGAGACCACAGCAAUGACUACUGCAAAGAAAGGGCUGGCCCUGACUGACUCCACAGCCACAAUGGACAACAGCAGAGGAUCUGAGACUGUGGUUCUGUCCACAAGUGAUUUGCCUACCACCUCAGCCUCCCCUCUCAUUAUCACAAAUAACGUAUCCACCAGGACCACCAUGACAACUAUUGCAGACACUGCAGCAGGGAGCUCCUACUCCAAGAUUUUCACCCUCAACUUUACCAUCACCAACCUGUUUUACACAACAAAGAUGGGCCACAGAGACUCUGGAACAUUUAAAGCUGCUGAGAAUGUCAUCAAAGUACUGCUCAAGUCUGUGUUUGCAAUGACCAACCUUGGCUCUCACUAUUCUGGAUGCAGUGUGAUCUUGCUGAGGCCUCUGAAGAAUGGGACAGCAACAGGAGUGGAUGUUCUGUGUACUUGUCAGGAAGAUUCCUCCAACCCUGUUCUGGACAAAGAGAAGGUUUACUGGGAGCUUAGUGAACAAAUAUAUAGAAGAAAUCUAAGACACCUGCUUAUAGAGAGAGACAGCCUCUUUGUGGAUGGGUAUAAUCAUAAGAUACCAGGCAUCAGAUCCACAAACAGUUCUAGUGCAGAAAGCAAGGGCAGGAUAAUGACCACAGCUGGAGAGCCAGAGACCAUAAUGACUACAACUUCCAGCCCUGCAGUAAGAACACACUCUGUUCUGGCAACAACAACAGCCCCAACCACUGCCUCUGAUAUUGACUUGGAAAAAAUCACUGUGCCUGCUUCCUCUGCCUUGCCAGAGACCAUGGUAGCAACAACUACCUGGUCUGGAGUGGAGAUGAGCCCAUCUGAAACUAUGCUCAUUGCAGAGGGCUCAACCCUACCUGGGGCUGGAACAGAAAGAGGGAACUCCAUAGGUGUCCCUUCACACCCUGCUACCCCUGACACCACAGCAUCGACCACAACCUUCCCCUGGACCAAUGUGCCCCCAGCAGGGUCUACAAUUUCCUCAGCUACAACUCUUUCCAGUGUCAGUAGAGAAGAUCCAAAGCCAAAGACCUCUCUGGACACAUCUGCUUCAGAGACCACAGCCAUGGCUAUUGCAAGGGAAAGGCUGGCCCUGACUGGGUCCACAGCCAUGAUGGACAUCAGCAGAGGAGCUGAGGCUGUGGUUCUGUCCACAAGUGAUUUGCCCACCAGCUCAGCUGCCCCUCUCAUUCCCACAGAUAAAGUAUCCACCCAGACCACCAUGACCACUAUUGCAGACACUGGUAAGAACAGUUCCUUCAUUAUCUUCCCUGCUGGAACACAGGGUUGUAUUUUAGUGAAAUACAGGCAGGAAACAGUCACCACAGUUAUGGUGUCUGAGUCUGACAUGUCCAUGGAGGGAGGUCAACCUUGUCCUUUAUCCCUUAAUGACUCAUGA